UUCUAAGUUGGAUGACCGUUGAAAACGAUUUUUCCCAGACGGAGCUCGAUUUUUUUCCGAGUUCCCAGAUGUCUUGAACGCACUGAAGUCUGAGAUUUCCGAGUUCCCAGAUGUUUUGAACGCGACAAGAGAUGUGAUGAAUGGGAUGAGAGGAGAAAUCAGAGACUACACAAACAGACGGCUGAAGAAGUGAGGCGUUCGAUGGAGCGAAAAGAGGUCGUGAUUUGGCAUUUGAGAUCUCUGUCUGAUAAAUAAUAUCAACGAACUGGCAAUCGUUCAUAUUUAAACAUAAUUUACCAUAGCAUUUCAUAUUCGCCCGGCAUCUUAGAUGCUAGCUGCUUGUCUGAUUUGGUACUAGAGAUGGUGGAGCCAUGAGAAUGCACCAAGUCUUUCCGCGAAAACAGAUGGGAGAUGAAGCCUACUCGACAAAAAAACAUAUUCCCCUGUAGCUAAAAAUGAGUUUAUUAUUGUUGCAGAUGUAUUUAUGAUGUUAGUGCCAUGCAAUGAUGCGUUUGAUAAGCUGUAGUAGAAUAGCUGCUGGAGGAAUUUUGAUGGCACUUACGACGCCAGGGAAAGAGGCAACGAGUAAAUUGUGCUAUUUUGAACAGUCGGGCCUUACAAAGUGACAUGCAGGAAUGAAUGUUCAGCAUUUUUCUCGCCCGAGGAUAACUGUAUGCGGUGCAGGCAGCUGGUCACAUUGAAAGCGGCGGUGUCUUUGGAGAGUAGCGAAAUACAAGGCAGCGGAGAGGAGCGCCGAGCUGUAAUACAUAAGUCCGUCUAGAACCAAGUGGAUAUUUUAAGACUAUUUUAGCAGGCAAGAUAAGAUUUUCCUCUGCCAAUAUUAAUGCAAGCGGUCCCUAUUUACCUGCCUUAUAAGUGUAAAAUGAGGUUCGCGCUACAUGGGAAUUAAAAACUGUUUCUGUCAAUCAUGUAUGUGGUCCUUGGUAGCCAACAUUAGCUUAGCUGCUAUCGUCGUUGAGCAUGAUUGAAAAGUGCAUAUCAUUUAUCUAACGUCAACACCGAUGUUUUCGAUCCUCAUGCAUGCACCGACACGUUUGUUUGGGAGUGCUUUCAACCAACACCCACAGCGUAUAACAGACGAACAGGCUAUGUCGGCGUGAAGGGAACCACACUGACUAUCUCGAGUACCCCGUCAAGCCAUAGCCGUCAACAGCGUUGUGAAGAACCGAUUAUUGGAGAGGAAAACACAGUAGCCUGUUCAUUCCCGCGUUGGAGCCCUCGGCGACCACGGCCUGAAUCCCUUCGAUUAACCGACCAAGCAAAAUGGGAGAGCAGCCUAUCUUCAGUACGAGGGCACAUGUCUUCCAGAUCGACCCCACCACCAAGAAGAACUGGGUUCCCACCAGUAAGCACGCCGUCACAGUUUCCUACUUCUACGACAGCACGCGCAACGUCUACCGCAUCAUCAGUCUGGACGGCUCUAAGGCAAUCAUCAACAGCACCAUCACCCCCAACAUGACCUUCACCAAGACCUCCCAGAAGUUUGGCCAGUGGGCCGACAGCCGAGCCAACACCGUCUAUGGCCUGGGCUUCUCCUCAGAGAACCACCUGCUCAAGUUUGCAGAGAAGUUUGCAGAGUUUAAAGAGGCGGCCCGAUUAGCCAAGGAGAAAUCCCAGGAGAAGAUGGAACUCACCAGCACCCCCUCUCAGGAGUCAGCCACCGGUGACCUGCAGUCACCUUUGACCCCGGAGAGCAUCAACGGCACUGAUGACGAGAGGGGCACCACCCCUGAAAUGCCGCAGCACCCACCCGAGCCCCGUCCCGAGCCAUCUCAGAACCAACUGCCCUUCUCCCACAGGUAA